AUGCGUGGUUCUGAUAGUAAUAAAGGUAAAAGCAAAAAAUGGCGCAAAAUUUUACAAUUUCCGCACAUAUCGCAAUGUAUACACCUCAAAGACAAAAUAGAUGUAAGUUACGAUUAUGUGAUAGAUCAGCAGCCAAUUGGUCGAAUACUUUUUCGUCAAUUUUGCGAAAACAAACGGCCAAUAUACUAUCGUUAUAUAGCGUUCCUAGAUCAAGUUCAAAGAUACGAAGUCGAAUACGAUGAAAAUCGUAUUUCAAUAGCUAAGGAAAUAGGUUUUCGAUUUUUAUCAUUUGAUGCAUCCCCAUCCUCUGAUACAAUAGCAACAUCACCAAUAGAAAAUGGUGUUAAUGAAACACAAACAACAAAUACAGCAAAUAUUAACAGCGAACUGAAUAAUCAUCAUCAUCAACAACAGAAUCGAAAACAAUUGGGUAAUGAUAGUAGACAUCAUAAUGGCGACGAUCGAGGUGAAAAAGAUGAUGGUGGUGGUGAUAGUGGUGGUGGUGGUAAUGAUACUGGUGGCAAUAUUGAUAUAAAUAAAAGUGGAAAUUGUAUCGAUUCAAAUCAAAUUGAUGAUGAAUAUAAUGAAAAAGAGAAUAUCAAUAGUAAAUCUAAGGAUUUAUUAAUGCCAAAUAAUGAUAUUAAAACAAAAUUGAAGAAUUCCAAUAUGAAUGUAUUAGAUGUUCUAAAUGAUGUUUUAAUCAGUAAAGUUAGAGAUAAAAUUAAAAGUGGAAGUAAAGAUUUAUUUGAACCAUGUGUGACUGCUGUGAAAUCAUUUUUGGCCGGGGAACCAUUUCGUGAAUUUGAAGAAUCAAUGUAUUUUCAUAGAUAUUUACAAUGGAAAUGGCUUGAGGCACAACCAAUUACAUAUAAAACAUUUCGCAUGUAUCGUGUCCUUGGAAAAGGUGGAUUUGGUGAAGUUUGUGCAUGUCAGGUUCGUGCUACUGGUAAAAUGUAUGCCUGUAAGAAACUUGAAAAGAAACGAAUAAAAAAACGUAAGGGUGAAUCAAUGGUCCUGAUUGAAAAACAAAUUUUACAAAAAAUCAAUUCAAGAUUUGUUGUUAAUUUGGCAUAUGCAUAUGAAACAAAAGAUGCACUCUGUUUGGUAUUAACAAUAAUGAAUGGUGGAGAUUUAAAAUUUCAUAUAUAUAAUAUGGGUGGUGAUCCUGGUUUUGAAUUAGUUCGUGCUAGAUUUUAUGGAGCUGAAGUUGUAUGUGGUUUAGAGCAUUUACAUCAACAGGGUAUUGUAUAUCGUGAUUGUAAACCAGAAAAUAUAUUAUUAGAUGAUCAUGGUCAUGUUAGAAUAUCAGAUUUGGGUUUAGCUGUUGAAAUACCAGAAGGUGAUUCAGUUAGAGGACGAGUUGGAACAGUAGGUUAUAUGGCGCCGGAAGUUAUCGAUAAUGAAAAAUACUCAUUUUCACCAGAUUGGUUUAGUUUCGGUUGUUUACUUUAUGAGAUGAUUGAAGGACAAGCGCCAUUUCGUAUGAGAAAAGAAAAAGUAAAAAGAGAAGAAGUUGAUAGAAGAGUUAAGGAAGACCAAGAAAAGUAUUCAUUGAAAUUUAAUGAUGAAGCCAAAUCAAUGUGCCAACAGUUAUUAUCAAAAUCAAUUAAACUACGUUUAGGUUGUAAGAAUGGACGUUAUGGUGCCAGAGAAGUUAAAAUGCAUCCAUUUUUUGAUUGUAUUAAUUGGAAAAGACUUGAAGCUGGUAUGGUUGAUCCACCUUUUGUUCCAGAUCCUCAUGCUGUUUAUGCCAAAGAUGUACUUGACAUCGAACAAUUUUCAACUGUUAAAGGCGUUAAUAUUGAUGAUAGUGAUUCAAAUUUUUAUGCAAAAUUUAAUACUGGUUCUGUAUCAAUAUCAUGGCAAAAUGAAAUGAUUGAAACAGAAUGUUUUCGUGAAUUGAAUGUAUUUUCAGACUGUCAGGCGCCUACACAAGAUUUAUUAAUAGAUGCAACACCAGUUAUUGAAAAAACUGGUUGUUUUCCAUUUAGAAGAAAGAAAAAAAUACCGGCAAGAACCCAAGUAAUACCCAUUCCACCACAUUAUUUAACUAGUCAUAGUCAAUCGUCAACACAAGCUGAAAGCUGAUAGAAAUAAUUGUUAAUUUUAUAUAUUUCUAAUUUAUAAAAUUUUUUUUUUUUCCUAUAUUAAUUAUUAUUAUUAAAUAGUAAUAAUUUAUUUGUAAUAUUAUUUUUAAUUUAGUUUUAAUUUCUUUUUUAAUUUACGAUUAUACUAUAUUUGUUUUUAUGAUUCCAUUGAACAAUUUGUUAAUUUCCUUAAGAAAAUUCAUAAAACUGCUAAAUUUUAC